AUGGGUAGCUCCGGAGCUGUGAAGCUAGCUUGUGUGAUGGUGAUAUGCAUGGUGGUGGCGGCACCGGCGGCGGUGGAAGCAACCAUAACAUGUGGUCAGGUGGCAUCUGCCGUGGGCCCGUGCGCUAGCUACUUGCAGAAAGGUGGUUCAGUGCCAGCUGGGUGCUGCAGUGGGAUUAAGAGCCUCAACAGCGCGGCUAAGACCACAGUUGAUCGCCAGGCCGCUUGUAAGUGCUUGAAAACCUUUUCUGGUUCCAUCCCUGGCAUCAAUUUCGGUCUUGCAAGUGGGCUUCCGGGCAAGUGUGGUGUCAGCGUUCCUUACAAGAUCAGCCCCUCCACUGACUGCUCCAAGGUGACUUGA